AUGAGAUGGCAUACGAGUGGAGGUGAAAUAGAGAUAGCAUGGAAAGAUCACAUUGUCGUCAAGGGCUUGGCUUCCAUACUCGUUGCUCUUUUCGGUCGAAAAUGGAAAGACGACAACGGGGGAGAAGGCGGGUCAAUGAACCGGAUAGGCGUGAAUUCGCCGGAGUGCUCCAAAGACAGCAUCCUCGUAUUCCAGGGCCCUACCACCCGUCUCCCAAACGGGAUCCCGACCUACACCGUAUCUAUAGAGAACGUGUGCCUCUCGGGGCCCUGCACAUUUUCCGACAUCCACAUGAGCUGCGGCUGGUUCAGCUCAGCCCGGCUGGUGGACCCAAAGGUCUUCCGGCGGCUAGCCUACGACGACUGCCUUGUCAACGACGGGGGCCCGUUCAACCCAGGGGACACCCUCUCUUUCCAGUACGCCAACACCUUUGCCUACCCGCUCUCUGUAACCUCUCUAUCCUGCUAA